AGCACCUUCCCCAAUAACAACAAAUGAAACCAAUACCAAUACUACCAAUAACAAUAUAGGUUCUUCUCCAACUCAAUUAGAACCAACAGCAACUAAAAAGAAAAAGAAGAGGAAAAAAAAGACUAUUAAUCCAACAAGUGAAGGAGAUGGAGAUAGUGGGAGUGAAAAGAAACGUGUAAAACAAUUACCACCACUUCAAACAUCACCAAAAGGUUUAGAUCAUGUUAUAGAUGAAAGUACAAGUAAUGUUGUUGGUACAAGACCUAAAUUAUCAGAGAUUGGAAGUGCAAAUGAACUUUUAAAAGAUCUUAAUUUGGGUGAUUUAAAUCCAAAGAAGAAACUUAAUCCAAUUCAAUUACAAUUUAAAAAACAAGAUGAUCCAUUUCUACUCCAACCAAAAAAGACUUUAUCAGAACUAAUGUUUUAA